AUGUCAUUGCACGGUAAUGACGUUUGUUUAUUAGAAAUAGAAGAUUACAACUUAUACGAAGAAGAAGCAUCUGAUCACGCUAUUUCAAGAAGUGAGAAAAAUUCUUCAUCUAGAGGUAAAAGUAUGGAGGCAGAGAAGAGAAUUAGACGUGAAAUUGCAAACAGCAAUGAGCGUAGGAGAAUGCAGAGCAUUAAUGCUGGCUUUCAAGCAUUACGUACUCUGUUACCACGACAUGAAGGAGAAAAACUUAGUAAAGCUGCCAUUUUACAACAAACAGCAGAAUAUAUUUACUCUCUUGAACAAGAGAAAACAAGACUUCUGUCGCAGAACUGUCAGUUGAAAAGGCUAUUGAAUCAGCAUGAGGGAGGUGAUAUACCUAUCAAGAAAAGAAAGAAUGAUGUUUUAUCUAUUGUACCUUCUAUUAUUCCUGACUCAACAGAAGACACUAUUACAACAAACUCAAGAUCACCUGAACCAGUUGCUGUUAUAACUGUAUCUAGUGCACCCCAGAAAAAAGAACCUGAAAGUGGUGAGUUAAGAGUCCAAUUGGAACGUGAAAGACAAUUGAGGCGUCUGCUUGAAGAACGGCUUCACUCACUCGAAGCUCAGAUAUAUCCUGAAGCUGCUCAAGAGAUACCAACUCCAGUUCUGCAUUAUGAACAAACUAAUAUUGCUGAAUGCAAAUUGGAAAAGGAAGAAGGUGAAAAGCAACCUGCUGAAGUACCAGUGGCAACUCCUCUUCUUGAAGCCGCUAUAAAAGCUGAGCCACGUGUGGAGGUAGAAGUGCUACCUGAUGCAGGUCACGAUGCCCCCUCACGCUUAUACCUUGCUAGCACCAGCCGUCAGAAUCUAGAAACUAUAGUGGAGGCCAUUCGUCAUCUAGAAGGUGAUCAUCUUUUUAGAGAAGAGACAGGCGAUGCACCUCUAGCACUAACAAAGAAAGUGGAUCGAGCUCCUCCCCAACGACCUGGUGUGAUUGUUGUAAAGCAUUCG